AUGACUCAAAAGUUUCCUAAAAAUUAUAUCCCUCCUAAGCAAGGCCAUGUUUUAUUUAUUCCAGAUCCAAAUAUUGAAAUUUAUGCUCCAGAUACAGAUACUUUGGAAUCUAUAAUUACUUCUACAAUUACUCAAGAUGAAAGAAGACAAAUUGAUUCCACCAUAUUUUUACCCCUUUAUGAUUUAAUAAUGCCUACUCAUAAACCUAGACGAAAGAAGGCACCUCGAUCACAAAAUUCAUUUGUAAUCUUUCGUAAAAAUUUUCAAGCUAAAAUAACUCACGAAAAAGGACCAGAAUAUUCUGCACAAUUAAAAAUUAUUUCCAAACAUGCAAAAGUUAUAUGGCAUUCAUUAGAUAUUGAAAAAAAAUCCAUUUAUGGAAAAAUUGCUAAUAUUGCUAAUAAAGUACAUAAAACUAUUUGGCCUAAUUAUAGUUAUCAGCCUAAUCGCAAAGAUUAUCAAAGAACUGCAAUUAAUUUUCCUACUUCACCUUCUAAUUCAUUUAAUUCUAACGAAGCUAAACUUUCGGAAUACAAUAUUCCUUUAAAAGCUUCUUCACUUAAAUCGGUUUGUAAUUUACUUGUAUUGGAUAUGUUUAUGAAUGUUUGGUUAACAUUGGAAGCUGGAUGA